AUUUUACUAUACUUUUUAUCUUGGGAUUCGCCAUAUUUAGAAACAUAGUUUUCGGAGAAACACUGAUUUUACCACUCAAAAUUCAACAACUGCGAAACAGGCAAUGAAACAGCUUAACACAGGGGUCCUACCAACUUCACUGUCCAUAGGAAUGACGUCUGUAGGGUUAAUCAGCUGAUUCUGAGCGAUGAAAUGAACCAAAAUAAUACGGUUUAUCUACUAAAAGAGGGUUAACAUCUAUCGAGAGUGGAGCAUAUUCUGGUCGGACAUUGUUGUCAUGCUUCAUUUUGACCGUCAUCAUGGACAAGAUACUGGAGGGCCUUGUGAGCUCCGAUCACUCUGUUCCAGUGAAGAGGGCCAUUGUGAAGAAGGUAGUGGAAGCAGCUGAGAAAGAGGUGACGGAGGAGCAGUGUCAAGCGUUGUUUACUCUCACCACCCGCCUCAUCUUGCUUGGUGAAGAUGCCUUCCAGAAGCAGAUUGGCUUCCAGGUUUUGGAGGCCUACGCGCGUUACCACCGCCCGGAGUUUGAGCUUUUCUUCAGCAAAGACUUUGUUCACACUCUUCUCCUGCAGGGCUACGGCCCGCUGGACCGCAAAGACCCGGUCAUAAUAGACUACGUUCACUGCUGCCUGCGGCUGCUCAUCAGCUGCCCCUCGGUGCUCGAGAUCUUCAGCGUGAUUCAGGUGGAGGUUUUAAGGAUGGUGUGCGAACGUCCCGAGCCUGCUCUUUGUGCUCACCUGAGCACUUUGCUGUCGGACUUUGUGCAGUGCAUCCCGAGGGAGAAGUCGGGCGUUUUGUUCUGCCAGCAGCUGGUGAGGACCAUCAGUUACUUCCACUGCUUUGCCAGCGAAGAACGGGAACUGCAAGAGUAUGUAGGUCAGGUGACAAAGGUUAGCACACUGCUGCAAAACAUCUGGAAAGCGGAUCCAGCCACGCUGCUUCCCUCGCUGCAGGAAGUGUUUGCCAUUAUCUCUUCCACAGACCCCGCCUUUGACCCAUCCAUCGCUCUGGCCAGCCUGGUGCAGCACAUCCCCGUCCAAAUGAUCACAGUGCUCAUCAAGAGUCUCACCACAGACCAAAAUGUUAAAGACGCAAGCAUGACUAAAGCGCUCUGCAGGAUGAUUGACUGGCUUUCUUGGCCCCUGGCCCACCAUGUUGACACCUGGGUUAUUGCUCUGCUGAAAGGACUGGCUGCCGUUCAGAAGUUCACUAUCCUCAUAGAUGUCACUCUGCUUAAAAUUGAACUGGUAUUCAGUCGUCUGUGGUACCCUAUUGUGCGGCAGGGGGCGCUAGCUGUGCUCUCCCACAUGCUGCUGAGUUUCCAGCACUCUCCUGAGGCCUUCCAUUUGGUUGUUCCACAUGUGGUGCAUCUAGUCCAGUCUUUGAGGACAGAUGGUCUCCCCACCAGCAAAGCUUUCUUACUGCAGUUCACUGAGCUCAUACACUGCAUGAUGUACCAGUACUCCGGCUUCCCUGACCUCUACGACCACAUACUGGACGCCAUCAAGGAUCUCCCAAAACCUGGAGAAGAGAAGAUCAAGCUGGUGUUGAAUCAAAGUGCCUGGACGUCCCAGUCCAACUCAUUUGCCUCAGGUCCUCUGAGGCAAGUUGGGAAGUCUGAGACCGGCAAGACUGGCCUGGUCAACCUGGGGAACACCUGCUUCAUGAACAGCAUCAUCCAGACCCUCUUCAUGGCCACAGAUUUCAGGCGACAUGUUUUAUCAUUACCUCUAAAUGGUUCCAACACACUAAUGAAAAGGCUCCAGAUGCUCUUUGCUUUCCUUGCACACACUCAGAGGGCAGCAUAUGCUCCCAGAAACUUCUUAGAAGCAUCUCGGCCUCCCUGGUUCAAUGUCGGCUCUCAGCAGGACUGUUCUGAGUACCUCAGAUUUCUUCUGGACAGGUUACACGAAGAGGAGAAAACACUUCAGGUCUUAGAAUCGGUAAAGCCAAAGGUUGCCCCCCCUGUUGACACAAGCAGCAAAGACCCAACAGCGCAGACUUCUCCAGAGGACGGUGAAGAGACCUCUUUGACCUCAGCAGAAAUCAAACCUGAGGAUGAUGGGAGGACUUUGACAGAAAGGAUGUUUGGUGGGAAGCUGAUCACAUGUAUUCGCUGUAUGCAGUGUAACUGCAUCUCUGAGAAGGAGGAGCCUUUUACAGACCUCUCUUUGGCCUUCUGUCCUCCUGCCACCUCUCGGGACAGCCCUCAACCUGAGGGCUCCUCAGAGGAAGCCAAGGUUCUCUGUCAGGGAUCUGUCAAUGGCGGCAGUGAAAUUCCUGAGCCGGGCUCGGCCAAAGCCCCAGCUAGCAAUGUCAGUUUGGUGCCAUUGACAAAUGAGCCUCCUCUGUCUGUGCCUGACCUGGUGAACUAUUUUCUGGCUCCAGAGAUCCUGGACGAAGAGAAUGCCUAUUUCUGUGAGAAGUGUAGCUCCCUCCAGCGGGCAGAGAAGAACAUGAAAGUGGUGUCAGCACCGGAAUACUUGAUCCUCACCCUGCUGCGAUUCUCAUAUGAUGCCAAAUGCCAUGUGCGGAGGAAGAUUCUGGACAAUGUCACCAUCCCGCCACUCAUGAGACUUCCUGUGCAUGCUACUUCAAAGCCUGCACAGUGCUCCUCCUCUACCUCUUCUCCUCUGCAAGUGGACUCUCCUGAGAGCAGUGAGAAUCUGGCCAAGAAACUCAAACCAUCUCAAAAAGAUGAGGAGGAGGAGGAGGAGAAGGAGAGGAUAGAUGGAGCAGAGCAGAUACACAGAGGAGGAGGGAUGUCAGUCCAGUCAGUGCCCUAUGUCCUCAGCUCAGUGGUGAUGCAUUCUGGUGUAUCGUCCGAGAGUGGCCACUAUUACUCUUACGGUCGUAACAUUAACGGAGCAGAUGGAACACAGCAUCCAGCCAACCACUUUGCCCUCAAGGAGGAUUUGGGGAACGGCCAGUCCGAGUGUAGCCUCUCCACUUGCUCAGCUCUCUCAAUUCCACAUGAACAAGAGGAAACACUACCUAACAGUGGCCAGGAGGCAAAGGAUUGGCUGCUGUUCAAUGAUAGCAGAGUGACAUUCACAUCCUUCCAAUCGGUGCAAAACAUUACAAAACGCUUCCCCAAGGACACAGCUUAUGUGCUCAUGUACAGGAAACAGGAGCUACCGGGGCAGAACGUAAACGGGGGAUUGAUGGCAAAUGGAAUGAGAGUGAGUGCUGAGCCUCCCCUGCAGAAAGACCUACUGGAUGCUAUUAUCAAGGACAACAAGCUGUAUUUACAGGAACAGGAGCUCAAUGCUCGGACCCAGGCUCUCCAGGCCCCUUCAUCCUCCUGCUCAUUCAGGCCCAACGGUUCAGAUGACAAUAACCCACCAGGGAGCUGCGGCCCAUCUGGUGGAGGUGGAGGUGGAGGGGGCUUCAAUACCAUUAGCAGACUGGUCUUCUGAAAGAAAAAAAAUGCUGCAGGAAACCCUGACGAACUGGCACCAAGCAAGUCCUGAAGUGAUCAUACAGAAGCCUGAACCGUUAAACCAUAGAUGUGCAUAUAACCUCAUGAAAAAAAGCACUGAACUGAUCCAAAAACACACACACAUGCACACACACAGCAUCUGUGCUGAUUCUGAUUUUAGAUUUGGUUUUUUGUUCUGAAUAUAAUAGUUGUUUUUUUUUUACCACUUUCAGUAAUCAUUUAACAGUAUUUGAUUGAUUUAGAUGAUUUUUUUGUGAUCUCAACAUUGUAAUCUUCGAAUAAUCCUCCAAAUUUUAAAACGUGAGGUAGAUAAUACUUAUUGGUGCAAAUGUAUUCUCUCCCUUAAAUGACAUAAUAAUAAAAUAGUAAUAAUAAACUGUUGCAUACAUUGAUAAAUGUGUGAAACUGGCUGAGUCUAGAACAUGCCCAUAUUAUCUGGCUUGUCAGUGUUUAUGAUAUUACCUCACACACACAAACACACACACACAUACACAAACAAACAUAUGCAAAUACAUGCAUGUGCAGUGCACAGUAUAAUAGACAUCUGUAAGAUAAACAGACUUUUUGAUUUGUCAUAGUUCUGAACAUACAGUUCACGACCUUUGUUUACUUUUCUGAUUUGCAUGCAGCUUUUCUCCCCGAGCUGUGGGGUUUGAUUUUCACGAUAUUUUAAAUCUUUUUUGAUGUGUGCUUUGCUGUGUUUUACAGGUUUCAUAUCCCAUGCAAUAAAUGUACAUAUGACUUAAAAUUCUGAAUAAUCAUGGAAUACAAACCUAUAUGUGGAAAGUUGAAUACUAUAUUUGGGAAAUCCCAAGAUAAAGGCAUUUUCAGUCUGAAUAGUUAAUGCUGUCCUCCCACUAAUAGGUAGAGUUAUCUACAUUGGAAAAUGGCAAAUGACUUCUUUGAACAUAUUUGACAAGACUUAACUGUUUGACAGCGUAUUUUAAUGUAUUCCUCUGAUUUGAUCAUUCAGGGAGACUUUUGUGUUCAUGCUGAUUUUAUGUGCCUUUUGAUAUUUAAUGCAGAUUUUUGAAGAGGAAUUUGUCGGAAUACACAAAUCAGCUGUACUGUGUUGAUAUUCAUAAUGGCUUCACCUUUCCCUAAAGUAAAAACAAACCAGUAUUUGUUGUAUUGUCUUACUUAACCAGGCUGGUUAUUGAAGGUAAAGCUAUUUCAAGUGGUAUUUCAGCAGAGAAAGGCUGAUGUUGGAGACUAAACUAUAAACGUCAUGGUGAAGACAAGGCUAUACACAUUGUUGAAAAUAAGAUAAAAUGCAAUUAAUAAAUACUCUGAUACUGACGGAAGGCAAGACAAAGCAACAGGUGAUUUCUGGAAACUGCAAAUUAUUACUGUGGACAGGAGCCAAACACGACAGUCAUGAGUGUGUUGCUAUGCUGAAGCAUACUUCAAUGUCUGCAUGACCUUACUUGUCACAUCCCCACUGCAGAGAAUAUAUUGAUCAGGAGACAUCUCUAGUGCUACAUCUUGAUUUGGUGGGAGCGAUUUUUUUUUGUUUUGGUUUGGAUAGGUCAUUAUUUCCAGUGUUGGGGAGUAACUAGUUACAUGAAACGGAGUUACAUAAUUGAAUUACAAAAUAAAUAUAAUUGUAAUCAGUUACUGAGAAAAAAAUAUGCAAUUUAAUUACAGUUACUUAAAAUGUUGGUGACUACAGAGGGCUACAUCCAAUUGUUUUUUAGGACAAACCUAGAAUAUAACAUUAAUUCUGUUGCUGUGCAUCUUUUUACCAUGCGGAGGCACCUUCUUUCCACUUAAGGAAAGCUGUUAGGAGAAAUUUGAGUACAUCAUGCACUUGUAUUUUUGAGGACUUUGCAGGUUUAUUGUCCAGUAAAAAAGUAAAAAAGCAAUCAUAUGUCAUAACUUCCAUUGCUUUGAUGAAGUAAUUAAAUAGUUGUGUUACAUUUUUAACAGGGUAACUAGUAAUCUGUAACCCAGUACAUUUCAAUACACACUGCCUAACACUGA